AUCAAUAUUAUUUUUUAAUCAAUAUAUCAUUCAUAAAAAUGAAGGCAAAUAUACAAGAUAUCCCGUUCCAUAUGAUAUGAUAUGUUAUCUUAAUUUAAUAUUUAUUGUUUUAACGACAAAUGUUAGUGACGCGGUUGCUUCCUAGUAUUGAAGGUCAAAUUUUAUUUUAUGAAGACAAAAAAUAAAAAAGAGUCGUAUAACAUAUUCCAUAUUUAGGUGCGGAGUAGCUAUAUGUAGCAGUUUACUGUUAAUUUCUCCAAGACAGCCUUGUAACGUUCAUUCCUUAUCUAAAGUUGACGCUUUCCAAGUUCCAACAAUAUUUGUCAAAUAAAAUUAAAACAGAAUUUUCCAUUUGUUAUGUUCUGUAAUUAAGCAUCAACAACUGUAAACACAAAUUGUGUCUAGUUAACUAUCUCAAUCUUCAACUAACUCUUGCUCAAAACCCCUUCAUAUUCCCUCCUCUCUUCCUAUUGUUUCAAUUCAAAUCAAAAAACUUUUAUUCUAUAAUUAACAUGGGAUGCAAUCAUUCCAAGUCCACAAAUCCUAAUGGAGGAGAUGUAUUGCCUCCAAGAAUCCGUCCUCUUCUUCGACAACGAAUCGAAGAGUUUAGAAGACGUAGGAAUGCUCGAGGCGGAGAAGACGGCGCCCUCUCCAAGAAACAGUUGUUGAAGGAUGUUGACAACGACUAUGAUAGAAACUCUUAUAAUCCAUCUACUGAUCUUGCAAAUGAAAUUUCAAAGGAAAACCAAACUGCAAUAGAAAAACUAUCUCAAGUUGUUCCAUUGCCUGUUUCUGAAUGCGGAAUUGAGAGACAUGAUCAAGAUGAAGACGAAGAUGAAGACGAAGAGGAUAAAUCCAGACUAAUAGGUCCAAGAUCGCCGAGUUUCAAAAUAUAUUGCAUUGAGAAUGAGGAGAAAAUAGAAGAAGUGUUGUGUGAUACACAUGAAGAUGAUGAGGAAACGAAUCAAAACAAUGCCUUGCAGAACAAGUCACUUAGUAUUGACAGCGAUGCAAGCGCUGCAUCGGGGAACACAGCAAACUCAAAUGAGGUUGUUAAAAUGGAGACAACUCCAAAAAGAAAAGGACAUCGUAAUAAGAUAAAGAAUCUACUAAACGUUAAACAUCUACAGAAGAAUCGAAUGAUGACAUGUUCUGGUAAUGAUAGAACAAAUCUUCUUGCAGAAAAUUGAUUUCUACAUUAGGUGCUGCCACAAAGAAAUGUUGAAAACAGUUUAAUUACAAUAAUGACUUAGAAAUAAGUGUUAUUUGUUUGGGCUUUUAUAGGCAUUUUUUACAAUUUCUUGUGAAUCUGGUAGCUAUUAUUCAUCAGAUUUAGAAUGCAAUCAACUUGUCUUUGUAAAGUGUCCUAUUUAACUAAUGAAGUUCACAUUCAAAAUGAAUUGUUGAAA